CGCGAAGACGAGGCCGCUGGAGGUCGGGACAGUGGUCAGUAUCAGUCGAGACACCAACCGCGAACGCAGAGCGCGUCGUCCGUUGCAAGCGUAGGUCGUAGCAAGCGCCGCCGUCAAGCUGGGGAACUGCAUCGAGAGUGUUGCCGUGAUUCAGUCCAAGUUUGCCAGCCACGGCCAGAUGACUCCGGUACUGUACUACCUGCCACCGUCGCCGCCAUGCCGGUCCGUACUGAUGUUGGCCAAAAUGAUCGGCGUGGAGUUGGAGCUCAAGACGCUGAACGUGCUGGAGGGCGAACAGCUGAAGCCGGAGUUUGUCCAGCUGAACCCGCAGCACACCAUUCCGACCCUGGAUGACCACGGGCUGGUGCUGUGGGAAAGCCGUGUCAUCCUGUCCUACCUGGUGUCCGCUUACAGCAAGGACGAGAACCUGUACCCGCGGGACUUUCGCUCGCGCGCCAUCGUUGACCAGCGGCUGCACUUCGACCUGGGCACCCUGUACGCGCGGGUCGUCGACUACUACUUUCCCACCAUCACGGUCGGCGCCCACUUGGAUCAGACGCGCAAGGCCAAGCUGGCGGAGGCGCUCGGCUGGUUCGAGGCCAUGCUGCGCCAGUACACGUGGGCCGCGGCCAACCACUUUACGAUCGCGGACCUGGCGCUGGCCGUGACCGUGUCCCAGAUCGAGGCGUUCGAGUUCGACCUGCACCCGUACCCGAAGGUGCGCGCCUGGCUGGCCAAGUGCAAGGAGGAGCUGGAACCGCACGGGUAUCAGGAAAUUAACCAAACUGGAGCGGAAACACUGGCGGGACUAUUUCGGGCUAAGCUUAAACAGUAGGAAGAUUUAAUAACAAUACUAUUAUGUACUUUACAUGAAAUGAACGUGCUUUUUAUGAACCGA